CCGGCGCAGACCGGCCGCCCGGAGCUGGCUACCAUGGCGCUGUGUGAGCGGGCAGCCAGCGGGAGCUCUUUGCUAUGGCCUCGGGUGUUGCUCUUCGGGGACUCCAUCACGCAGUUUUCUUUCCAGCCAGGUGGAUGGGGCGCAUUACUGGCUGACCGACUUGUCAGAAAAUGUGAUGUUCUGAAUCGUGGGUUUUCUGGUUACAAUACCAGAUGGGCCAAGAUUAUCCUCCCAAGACUAAUUAGUAAAGGGGGCAGCAAGGAAACUCCAGUGGCAGUUACCAUUUUCUUCGGUGCCAAUGAUGCCACACUCAAAGAUGAGAACCCCAAGCAGCACGUCCCCUUGGAUGAGUACAGUGCAAACUUGAGGGCCAUGGUGCAGUACCUGAGGUCUGUGGACAUCCCUGAGGAGCGAGUCAUUCUCAUCACCCCACCCCCGCUGGGGGAAGCAGCCUGGGAGAAGGAAUGCAUCCUGAAAGGUUGCAAGUUAAACCGCCGUAACUCAGUUGCCGGUGAAUAUGCUAAUGCGUGUCUACGAGUGGCCACAGACUGUGGGACCGGUGUCCUUGACCUGUGGACCCUGAUGCAGAAGGACAACCAGGACUUCUCAUCCUACUUAUCAGAUGGCCUGCAUUUAUCACCAAAGGGAAACGAGUUUCUGUUCUUAAACCUCUGGCCGCUGCUGGACAAUAAGAUCUCCUCUCUGCCGUGGCUGCUUCCUUAUUGGAACGAUGUGGAGGAAACAAAGCCUGAGCUAAGUCUACUGGGAGACGGAGACCAUUAGUCAGCCUGGGAAACCUUCCCAAGUAGGAGCGGUUCCUGCCAUUCAUGGGUACCACCUCAGUUGUUAAUUCACAAACAUUCUAAGAACCACUGUUCAUCAUGUAUAUAACCUCAAACUGAUGAUUCAUAAAUACCAAGAAAUUGAAUAUUUUUCAAGAUUUAACUUCUGUUCAUAACUUUUUUUUGAGACAGGCUCCAAAGCAAUACA